AUGCUAUUCCGUGUUGGACGUUCGCUGUUUGUCGGAUUCAUAUUAAGUGUAUCUAUUGCAUUGGUGCAUGCACAAGGAACUACAACAGGACAACAAAAUGGCGUCUCGUUUCCGUCCCAACCAAUGUUCUUAGGUCAAGAAACUGGCGCUAAUUCCGGACAAACAGGUUCCAAUGGAAUGCAAACUCCUAAUCUCUUUACUGCUUUCAGUGGUCAAUCUCCGGUCACCGUACCAGAAACGACCAAUCAGUCUCAAUUUGGACUUGCAACAGUGCCUGUAACAAGCGCCGGAACAACCAAUGGUCAGAUGACCAACUCUAUAGUUCCAAGCACAACGACGGGUACAACUGUCAAUACUGGAUUCACUGGUCAGGCUCAAGGAGUAAACGGCUUUCCACCUGCUCCUCCAGCCAUAAACUCCGUUUUUCCGACACAAACUGGUGUUCAACCAUUUCCAGGACAGCAAAACAGACCCACCGGGUUCCCAGGACAACCUGCCGUUCAGUCAAUGUUUCCUGGUCAGACAGGCCAGGCAACAUCAGGACAAAUUCCACUAUUUCUAGGACAGCAACCAGGUAUGCAGACAGGUUUUCCCGGACAACCAGGCGUACAACCCGGAUUUCCAGGGCAACCUCGUCCAUCCGUUUUUCCCACAACCGUUUUUCCCGGACAAGCACAGCCAUUUACACCUCAGAACACAGCUGCUUUUCCAGGACAAAUAGGAGUUCCGGUCCAAGCCGGAAGUACUGACCAACAAGGAGCGACCCAGCAGACCGGAAAUGCAAUUAGUGGAACGAGUCAAAUUGCGACAACCAAUGGUGGUCAACAACAAUCUGGAAUUAUUACUGGUCAAGGCCAAACGUUCAUCAAUGGACAGACAGGACAACAGCCGGGACAAUUACCAGGACAGCAAAUCCCUGGUGGUCAGUUUGGACCUCAACCUGGACAAUUUGGACCACAAACCGGACAAUUUGGACCCCAGACCGGCCAAUUCGGACCUCAAGCUGGACAAUUUGGACCAAAUGGACAGUUCAGACCCCAGACCGGACAGUUUGGUCCUAAUAAUCAGUUUGGUCCAAAUCCAUUUAACCCCUUCGGACAAAGGCCGGGCCAGUGCCAUACAACAGGUUGCCCAGGUGGAUCUCAGUGUGUUUUCGCACCAACUGGUGCCCACAUGUGUCCAACUUGGAUCCCAAUUCUGCCCUGCACUUGCCGCCAGGGAUGCCAGGCACAGAACCUGUUUAUCCCUCUAGGCCAGUCCCGUCAAAUCGACAGGUGUGGAAACACGUGUACCUGUAAUAGUCCCGAUGGAACGCCUGCGUGUACGAUGAUGGCAUGCCCUUCUCCACAACAACAACAGCAACAGCAAGGACAACAAGGACAGCAACAACAGCAACCGCAACAACAGGGAAAAUAG